GCAAUUAUUGUGCUCAUUACUAAUUUCAAUUUAUUGUUGUGCUACUUGAUGAGUUUCUUUAACUGGAAUGGCUUCUGCGGUGGGCUUCAUGAGUAAAAUGGAAAUUUGGGGCAUCAUCACAGCUGCUCAAUAUUGUUCUUUACAAGUAAAAACAAUGAGACUACAAUUGUAUGAAACCCCAUAAGUCUUUGGUUUUAUUCUCUAGCUAUUUUCCAAGCAGAAAAGACCACGAAGUUUUUGUGGUCCAGAUGAAAUUUUAGAGAUUCAAGAAGAGGAAUUGUGGGAGAGCUUUUUCUAAAUCAUCAAAAAGAAGAGUUUGAGGAUGGGGUUUUAGGGAUGGAAUCCUGUGUGUUCCCAGCUUAGAAUUUGGAGAGUUUUCUUUCUGAUUUUUUUAUUCAAUUUCUCCCAAGCUCUUUCCCUUAUAAAGUUAGUAAUUAAUGAGUAAUAGAUGUGUUGAAUGUAACUGAAAAUUGUUUAAAGAUGGGUCUUGGGAAAAUUAUUGCUAGGUAGACCUUUGGUAGGAGGUAACUGUUGGUAUAUCUGACCAUCUUCUCCUUUCCCCUUUAAAAGAAAACAAAUUCCAGUAAAUAUGUUGCAGGAUCUGUGCACAUUAUAUAAAGCUUGCCAGAUAAGAAAAGAGUUGAGGAAGAUGGCUUAGAUAGUUCCUUUGAAGCAUCAGGCCGCAUAAAGCUAAAUAUGGGGCAAUUGAAAAACUCUGCCAAAUCCAAGAAGAAACAAUCUCCUAAGACUGAAGUGCAAAAUUCUUUAAAGCAAGAGAUUCUACAGCUUGAGAAAAGAUUACAAGAUCAAUUUCAGGUCCGUCGUGCUCUGGAAAGUGCUAUGGGUUACAAAACUUCUUCCCAUGAUAGUACGACUGAGCUGUCAAUGCCUAAGCCAGCCACAGAAUUAAUUAAAGAAAUUGCGGUACUGGAGUUGGAAGUUGUACAUCUGGAACAAUAUCUUCUCUCCUUGUACCGGAAGGCAUUUGAUCAGCAAACAUACUUGGUUUCUCCAUCUAAACAGGAUCGAAGUCUAAAAACCCCUGUCACAACCCCAAGACGAAGGUUGUUUGAUGUUUCCAGGCCUGAGACAUCAAAGAAGGAAACUUCAGCAACUCAAACUGCUUGUCAGUCACGUGACAAUAAAUGGAAGGAAACCAAUGUUAUUGGAGGAGAAGAGAAACUAUUAGAUUCUGGAGUUCAUCGCUGUCACUCUUCAUUGUCACAACGCUCAGCAUUUUCAAAUAGAACCUCUCCUCCAGAAGAGUUUCUUGGUAGGGCUGUACGUGCUUGCCAUUCCCAGCCAUUGUCCAUGAUGGAGUAUGCGCAGAGUGCUUCAAACAUUAUUAGUUUGGCUGAGCAUCUUGGUACUAGUAUUUAUGACCAUGUUCCAGAGACACCUAACAAGCUUUCAGAGGAUAUGAUAAAGUGCAUGUCAGCUAUAUAUUGCAAACUUUCAGAUCCACCUUUGACGCAUAAUGGCCUUUCAUCUCCCAAUUCAUCUUUAUCAUCAAUGAGUGCAUUUUCCCCGCGAGAACAAUGUGAUAUGUGGAGUCCAGGAUUUAGGAAUAACCCAUCCUUUGAUGUGCGAUUGGAUAACCCUUUCCUUGUUGAAGGCCUGAAAGAGUUCAGUGGACCGUACAGUACAAUGAUUGAAGUGCCAUGGAUUUAUAGAGAUAGUCAAAAGUUAGGAGAUGUUGAAAACUUGCUACAAAAUUUCAGGUUCUGCUGCAGAUCACUUAUAUGUCGAUUGGAAGAAGUCGAUCCUAGGAAGCUCAAACAUGAGGAAAGACUAGCUUUCUGGAUCAAUAUACACAAUGCACUAGUGAUGCAUGCAUUUCUGGCAUAUGGGAUUCCACAAAACAAUGUUAAGAGGCUCUUUCUACUUUUGAGGGCUGCAUAUAAUGUUGGGGGUCAUACAUUUAGUGCAGACACGAUACAGAGUUCUAUCCUUGGAUGCCGGAUGUCUCGUCCUGGACAGUGGAUUCGAUUUUUACUUUCAUCGAAGUUCAAAUUCAAGACUGUAGAAGAACGGCAAGCAUAUGCAAUUAACCAUCCAGAACCUCUUUUGCACUUUGCACUCUGUUCUGGAAGCCAUUCUGAUCCUGCGGUUCGUGUCUACACUCCAAAAAGAGUAAUUCAUGAGCUUGAAGCUGCGAAGGAAGAGUAUAUCCGAGCUACCUUUGGUGUCCGCAAGGGCCAGAAAGUCCUACUUCCGAAGAUCAUGGAAUCCUAUGCAAAGGAUUCAGGUUUAUGUCCAGCGGGUCUUCUUGAAAUGAUCCAACAAACUUUGCCUGAAUCUGUAAGGAAGUGUCUUAAGAAAUGUCAGCUAGGAAAGCCUCGUAAGACUAUUGAAUGGAUUCCGCAUAAUUUUACUUUUCGGUACCUGAUAUCUAAAGAGCUUGUAAAGUGAUCACUUACGUGUGUUAAAUGUUUCUGGCACUCGAUCUCAUUCGCCUAGUUCUUAAGGUUUUUAUAUUUUGAGAUUUUGAAAUUUUUUCCUUGUACAAAUUAGGAGAUGAACCGGAAAUGGAGGAUAGAACAAUGCUAUAUUUUGUUUUGUAUAACGUACUCUCCAUUCUGCUUGUUCCAGUAGUGGAAGCUUUCAUGAUUUCUGUGAUGUUUGGAAAGGAAAUGAAAAAUGUGCAUUGAAUAUUAUACAUGUA